UACUGAUGAAGAAUGGAUAUGGUGCUGCAGUGGCUCUGUAAAAUAACUUGUUUAAUAUGACAGCAGUUUAGUUGAUACCAGACAGUUUAAUAUAUCAGCAGUUUAAUUUUAAUAUAACAAGUGAAUUUCUCUAGUUUUCAUCUCAGCACAUCUAUACCAAACAUCUUGAAGUUUUAGUUGAUACCAGACAAAAAAGUUUGGCAGGAUCCAUCUAUAGUAUUGAGUUUCUUAAUUUUAUGUGCCAUUUUCAGUUUGCAGUGAGGUGCUUAUUACUCGUGAGUCGUGAAGGAGGAACUGCUGCGUGCUCAUUCUAUGAAGGAAUUCCCUUCCUCUACAGGAUGUGCUGUCUAACUGUGUUAUAAUAUAUCAUUUGUUUGUGAUCUUAAGGCUGAUAGGUGACCUACAUUGAUUGUUUUAAGAGUACAAUUUAUUCGUUUCAUCAUAAUCCAGUAUAUUGUUAUGGAUUGAAUGUUUUGUGUUGCAGAUGAUAAAGCAAUAUUGUUAUUUUACUGUUAUUUUCUGGCCCUUUAUUAAGCUUGUUGAUACUAUUAAGUUUAGAAUUGGCUGUUGUUUUUUCAGUUUGUAUCAUCCUUAUAGUUUCUUGUUAUGGGUAUAGCAGACAAGUCGUUCUGAGAGCCCUAUAAAGGUCCCUGCCUGGUCAAAGUUCUUCAGCAUCUAGUCUAUUGUGCUUCAUCUGUGUAUUUCCUGCUGAUUAAAUCAAGCAUCAAAACACUGAUUAGCAGAAAAAACAUUGCAGAUGGCAGAUUUGUCGAAAAUGCGCGAUCUGUGCAACGUUCUGGGGCUUAACUUGCUACAGCAAAUUCGAGAUGAAGUCGAUGAAUCUGCUACUGACAUUAAUUCUUGGUUGGCGAGCGAUCUGGGAGAGGCUCUGUGGAGAGGCUCAACAGCUCUGUGGAGAGGCUCUCUAAGCUAAAGGCGGACAGGUUUACUGAGAUCAAGAAAAAGGCUUUGGCUAUUAUAUCAUUCUGGAAUACUUUGUUGGUGCCUUAUGAGAAAAAGCAGGAACUUCUAAGCCUGAUGUACUAUGUGGAAGUGGAAUCAGAUAAGGAGAUAACUGAAGUCAGUGCUUUGUCGGUAGAGUUUCUCAAUAGAGUUGUGCAAGAGUAUGAUGAACUUUGUGAACAAAUGAAUGGAUUGGUUUUGAAGAAGAAAUAUAAGCUUUUGCAGAUUCUAAAGACUACCCAUCUCCCAUCCAACUUUGUCAAUAAAGAUAUCACUGACCCUAUAGCAGCACUUUUGUAUAUGAAGACAGAAAUCUCUAAGGCACAAAAUCUGGCUUCUCAACGUGCUGCCAUUGUGGCCAAAAUGGAAUUCAUUCAGCAUGCGGAUAGAGAGACUGACUGGUAUAAAGAAUCAAAGAAGUCCGGUGUCAUCAUUCAAGAUGAAAGAAGUAUAAAAGUAAAAAUUCUGCAAAAAGGGCUUCCGAAAAUAUUGAGGAGUCUUAAGGCUGAACUUGGCAAGCGGGCAGAACCAUUUAUAUAUGAUGAGGGUGAUGCUCUCAACAUCGUGAAGCACAUUGAGGAUAUGGCCCGUGGAGGAGAAGACCUCGGAUAAGGCAGGGACUUCGGAUUCAUCCCAAGAGCUCCGCGCACACUUCGCGAGCCUGCACCACGGAGCCCGCCUGCGCCACCUAGCCCGCUCAGUCCACCAGAUUCAAACAAGUCCGAUCCAGAUUACGACCCUACACAGGAUCUGUCUGACUCCAACGAUGCAGAUUAUGACCCUACCCUGGACCCAUAGAUUUAGGUCUCAGUUUCAGUUCCAUUGCACUUAUGUUUCAGUUCCUAUGAGAUAGGCACUCAUGACAUGUAGGUAGGCCUUGUUUACUUCCAAAUUAUUUUGCAAAAUAUGAAUAGUGACGCUUUCGUUUGUAUUUGACAAAUAUUGUCCAAUUAUGGACUAACUAGGGUCGUCUCGUCAAUUUCGACCAAAC